GCAGCUGCAGCGGGGCCGGGCCAUGCCCCCCGGGCGCGGCCCGCUCCCCCUCGCCCUUGUGUGCCCAGGCGGCAGCGGUGGCGCGGCGCUGGCCGGGCCGGCAUGGAAGCGGGCCCGGGGUGACUUCACAGUUUGUGGGGGGAAGGAGGUGGGUCUGCGCAGGCUCCGCCCCCGGCGGGCAGCCCGCCCCGCGCCACGUCUGACCAUCUGACCAGCCGUGGGGGCGGCCCUGUGCAGCUCCUCCCUGGGGCGGAGAAGGAGGCGAUGAUGGCGGGCGAGCGCCUGUUACUGGGGGAUGACUUCCUGUCUCCGCCAACGCCUCCGCCACAGCCUUCCCUGCCGCGGCUGCUGCAGUCCCAGCCGCAGGAGCCAGACCCGGAGCAGAAGCCCGAGCCCGAGCCCGAGCCGCAGCCGCCGCCGCCGCCGCCGCCUCCGGAGCCCGAGCCGCAGCCGCAGCCGCAGCCGGAGCCCGAGCCCGAGCGAAAGCAGGAGGUGUCCGUGUCCGAAUGGCGCUACAGCCACGAGAGUGACCGGCAGUGGGGGCUGCGGCGCGAGUUCAUCUCCCGGCACCUGCACAGCUACACCGGCCCCGGCGAGUCGGAUCAGCUGCAGUCUCUCUCCACCGCCUGGACGAACCACGUCUUCCUGGGCUGUAAGUAUAGCCCCCAGUUGAUGGACAAAAUCCUCCAGAUGGCGGAAGGCAUCCAUAUCGGCGACAUGCCUUCCUAUGAAUUGGUGGUGCCCGAGACCUCCAAAGGGCAGAAGCGGCCCCUCUCCCCGUAUGCAGGGCUGAGUGGUACUAAGAGGAAAGCCGUCCCCAGAUUCCCCCGCUUUGAGCCUGUCCAUUUUGUAGCUAGUAGUAAGGAAGAGGAGAGGAGGGAUGAUCCCAUGGACACAGAUGCACCAUGGACAGAUCCCCAGGCUGACACUUUCAGAUGGCCAGUAGAAAGCCACAGAAAGUAUGGUUCCCGAGAGAGCCGGCCUCAUCCUGCUGUACCCAGAAUCAUAUCAAAUACUGGAGAACCGGCCACAAGUAGUGCAUUUCAGCGUUCGGGCUAUUACUCAUCUGGGGAGUCUUCCUUAGUAACAAAAUUGCCAGAGUCAAUACUUGCCGCAAAACAAAAUUUGAUUGAAAGACUUUCUGCAACUAUCCGGAGAAAUCUUCCAGAUCCAGAGCUCUAUCUUGGCCCUGAAAAAAUGAGUUAUACAUUUAUAUUAACUCGUUGCAUCCAGGCCUGUAAGACCAAUCCUGAGUAUAUAUAUGCUUCUUUGAAAGAAAUUGCUCCAUCUGAUAUCCCCAGAAGCAAGAAAUUCCUGACUGAUGGCUACGCCUGUGAAGUUAGGUGCCAAAGUGUCUAUUUAACUACAGGUUAUGCUGGUAGCAAGAAUGGAUCUAGGGAUAGAGCUACAGAGCAGGCCAUAAAACUUCUGCAAAAGUCUGUUGAAGUUAGAGUUGUAAGAAGGAAAUAUAGACAUACUUACCAAGAAGAUCUAGUGGUGUUUCCAACUGGCUUAUCUUCUUAUGAUUUUCCACCAGCCCUAAAACCCUCAGAAGACCUACAGUCCUUUAAGAAUGGACCUGGACAGUUAAGUACUAAUGCUGCCAUUGCCAAUUUCAGACAGUGGGCUAAUUUUGUCCUCAUAGAAAAUGCAAGUGAUUCUAUUGGCAUCCUUAACAAUUCUGCCUCCUUCAACAGAGUGGCGAUUGAAUACAAGUAUGAUAUGAUGCCAAAUCGUUUAUGGCGCUGUCAAGUAUUUUUGGAAGGCCAAUGCUUAGCUGAAGGAUAUGGGAGCAAAAAGACAAGUAAACAUGCAGCUGCUGAUGAGGCACUGACUAUUCUGCAAAAAACACAAUCUAACAUCACAGCCACACAAGUUCAAACAAUAGAUUAUUCUCCUAAGGGUUAUUCAAGAAAAACAGAUCUAAAGGACCUUGUUGUUUAUGAGAAUUCCUCAAAUCCUGUAUGCACUCUAAAUGACACGGCUCAGUUCAACAAAAUGACUGUUGAGUAUGUCUUUGAAAGGCUAACGGGCCUCCAAUGGAAAUGUAAGGUAAUUCUGGAGAAAGAACUGAUUGCUGAAGCAAUUGGAUUAAAGAAGAGUGUCAAGCAUGAUGCUGCAGAAGAAGCUGUGAAAAUCCUUAAAAGGACUCAGCCAACUGUGGUCAACAACCUGAGGAGGGGUACUAUUGAUACUGUGAUCUCAAGAAAUGAAAUUCGGGGUCGUUCAACAGAAGAAGCUUAUCAACAACAGAUUAAAGAGGACAAUAUUGGGAAUCAGCUGUUGAGAAAAAUGGGCUGGACUGGUGGAGGUUUGGGAAAAUGUGGUGAGGGCAUUCGUGAACCCAUCUCAGUCAAAGAGCAGCACAGACGAGAAGGUCUUGGGCUUGAUGUGGAGAGGCCAAAUAGAAUUUCCAAGAGAGAUAUUGAACAAAUCAUCAGAAACUAUGCCCGCUCAUCAAGCCACACGAACUUGACUUUCUCAACAGAAUUUACCAGUGAUGAGCGAAAGCAGAUACAUCAGAUUGCUCAGAAAUAUGGUCUUAAGAGUAAAUCCCAUGGAAUGGGGCAUGAUAGAUACCUGGUGGUUGGAAGAAAAAGGCGCAAGGAAGACUUACUGUACCAACUGAAGCAAGAGGGCCAAGUUGGACAUUAUGAGUUGCUUAUGCCUCAAGGAUUUUGAGGCCAAAAUUGUUUGCUUUGUGAAUGCUUAUGUAGGCAACUUUUUGGCAUAUAAAUUAAAUAAUUUGAAAGAAAUUCUGUAUUUUCAGCUUCCUGGAGAUAUUCAUCAAAAAAUGUUUUACUUUCCUUAUUUCAUCUAAUACUUUCUUGGGAAAUUGAAGCUUAAAAUGUUCUGUUUAAUUGUGCUAGCUUAAUAUUGACAAAAAAAAUAGUGCCAGUAAUGUGUCUCUGAUUAUUACUAGUUCUUUGAGAUUUUUUAGUAGUUUGUAGUAACAAAAACAUGUCUAUGUGGAAAGGAACUGGUGCCAUUAAAAAGAUGGUUCCUUGUUUGCCCUUGGGAAAUGAAUUUGCAUUUUUUCCAAAAAAGCAAAGCAUUUGGGAGAAAAUGUAUAAUGUUGGUAUUAAGUACAAUGAAAGUAUAACUUGAUUUCUAGGAUAUCUGAAAAUGUCGCACCAUUUCGUACUUUUAUCUCUUAAUUUGUGUGAAACUAAUUAUUCUAGAAUGUGUUAGUGAGUAAGUUGUCUAUGCUGUGUGUAUAAAAAUGUCCUUAAUAGCUAAACAGUAUAAAGCUUUCUUAAUGUCAACUUUAGUGUUAUAGGUUAUAAUUUCAACUAUUUGCAGGAUAAUGGGAGUGAAUUAAUGUAUUUAAUUACAUCUGUGUUGCACAUGAGUUAAGGUAGUUGGGUAUUGACAUUUUUCUUGUUAUCCCUACUUGAGAGUCAUUGCAGUCAUUUAAAACUCUUAAAAAUAAAAUUAAGAAAUGAAGCUUAACUUACUUGUAUUUGUCACUUUAGUAGAGAGUCACAGCAUCUUUUCAUUGUGAUUUUCAGAUUGUUUGGAUAUGUAGAACAUCUAAGGCAACCAUAAUGUCGUCACAGCUUUUCUGUAGUGCUGGAGAUAGUUAUACUUGGUGCUUUGCUUCAAAGGACAGUGAACUCUUCCGGUCUCAAAAAGCUAACUAAAUCUAAAAGACCAAGUUUGUAUAUAUUAACAGCUUUUAUUUUUCGUGUAUUUCUCAAGUAAUAUGUUCUCUGAAUGUAAAAACUAUAUAAACAAAAUGAGUGAGCUUAAUAAAUGGAAGCAAAAUAAACAAAAUGGUGGUGUG